AAGAAGCAUCACCACGCAUCAUCACUAUGAGGACGGGACAACUGGCAGUGAGUCUCCUGACUGUGAGCCUCUGUAUUUGGAUGACAAACGCGGUAACUGGCACCGGUACGCCUGCAGCGGGCACGCCAGCAGCGUCCACUCCAGCAGCAGCCACGACUGAAGCGGCCACCACCACAACGACGGCGUCGACAACUACAACUACAACAACGGAGGCGACUACAACCACAACCACAAGCAAAACGACAUCUAGGCGUCACCGCAAAAGAAUCCGUGUGAGCAACCUGAGAUUUUCGUCAAACCGAAUGAUCCGGGUCUACAGGCGCACAACUGUUAGAAGCACUAUCAGCAGAAACCGUUUGCUCAGGAGUAGGGUCCUUGCGAGGGUCCGCAACCGUAGUCGUUCACGGGCACGGGCACGGGCACGUUCGACGAGGAUUGUCAACAGGCGGCGUAAUCGGGGCUAAACAAUUCACAUAUUUAUGUACAUAUGUAUGUAUCUUUCAAAGCAAUACAAAACCAUUGAAU